GACCUUGCCAGGUGCAUGGAAAUGCUUUUUAGCCCCCAGUCCAGGUGGCUGGGCCUUUCUGCCUUGCUUACCCAUCCUUCUCUGUGCAGCGAACAUGACCUGGGUGAGGACAUCUAUGACUGUGUCCCAUGUGAAGAUGAAGGGGAUGACAUUUAUGAAGACAUCAUCAAGGUGGAGGUGCAGCAGCCCAUGAAAAUGGGCAUGACUGAGGAUGACAAGAGAAGCUGCUGCUUGUUGGAGAUUCAGGAGACUGAGGCCAAGUACUACCGCACCCUGGAGGACAUCGAGAAGAACUACAUGGGCCCCCUCCGGCUGGUGCUGAGCCCGGCGGACAUGGCUGCCAUCUUCAUCAACCUGGAGGACCUCAUCAAGGUGCACCACAGCUUUCUGCGGGCCAUUGAUGUGUCCAUGAUGGCUGGUGGCAGUACCCUGGCCAAAGUCUUCCUGGAGUUCAAGGAAAGGCUGCUGAUUUACGGGGAGUACUGCAGCCACAUGGAGCAUGCCCAGAGUACACUGAACCAGCUCCUUGCCAGCCGGGAGGACUUCAGGCAAAAAGUGGAGGAGUGCACGCUUAAGGUCCAGGAUGGCAAGUUCAAGCUGCAAGAUCUGCUGGUGGUACCCAUGCAGCGGGUACUGAAGUACCAUCUGCUGCUCAAGGAACUCCUGAGUCAUUCUGCAGACCGGCCAGAAAGACAACAGCUAAAAGAAGCACUGGAAGCCAUGCAGGACUUGGCCAUGUACAUCAAUGAAGUGAAGCGAGACAAAGAGACCUUGAAGAAGAUCAGCGAGUUCCAGUGCUCCAUAGAAAACCUGCAAGUGAAGCUGGAGGAAUUUGGGAGGCCGAAGAUUGAUGGGGAACUGAAAGUCCGGUCCAUAGUCAACCACACCAAGCAAGACAGGUACCUGUUCCUGUUUGACAAGGUGGUCAUCGUGUGUAAGAGGAAGGGCUACAGCUAUGAGCUGAAGGAGGUCAUUGAACUGCUCUUCCACAAGAUGACUGAUGACCCUAUGCACAACAAGGACAUCAAGAAGUGGUCCUAUGGCUUCUACCUGAUUCACCUCCAAGGAAAGCAAGGCUUCCAGUUCUUCUGCAAGACGGAAGACAUGAAGAGGAAGUGGAUGGAGCAGUUCGAGAUGGCCAUGUCAAACAUCAAGCCAGACAAGGCCAAUGCCAACCAUCAUAGCUUCCAGAUGUACACGUUCGACAAGACCACCAACUGCAAAGCCUGCAAGAUGUUCCUCAGGGGUACCUUCUACCAGGGUUACCUGUGCACCAGAUGUGGUGUUGGAGCACACAAGGAGUGCCUGGAGGUGAUGCCCCCCUGCAAGAUCAGUUCUCCUGCAGACUCGGAUGCUCCUGGCGCUGGACCAGGGCCCAAGAUGGUUGCCGUGCAGAAUUACCAUGGUAACCCCGCCCCACCCGGGAAGCCCGUGUUGACCUUCCAGACAGGGGAUGUGAUAGAGCUGCUCCGGGGUGACCCCGAUUCUCCUUGGUGGGAGGGGCGACUGGUUCAAACCCGGAAGUCUGGUUAUUUUCCUAGCUCAUCUGUGAAACCCUGCCCAGUGGAUGGAAGGCCACCUGUUGGCCGCCCGCCAUCCCGGGAGAUUGAUUACACUGCGUACCCAUGGUUUGCUGGCAACAUGGAACGGCAGCAGACGGACAAUCUGCUCAAGUCUCAUCCCAGUGGGACCUACCUCAUCAGAGAGCGACCAGCAGAGGCUGAGCGCUUCGCCAUCAGCAUCAAGUUCAAUGACGAGGUGAAGCAUAUCAAGGUUGUGGAGAAAGACAACUGGAUCCACAUCACUGAGGCCAAGAAGUUUGAGAGCCUCCUGGAGCUUGUGGAGUACUACCAGUGCCACUCUCUCAAGGAAAGCUUCAAGCAGUUGGACACUACGCUCAAGUUCCCCUACAAGUCCCGGGAGCGUGCUACCACCAGGACCUCAAGCCGGUCCCCAGUGUUUACACCUCGGGUCAUUGGCACAGCUGUGGCCAGGUACAACUUUGCUGCACGGGACAUGCGGGAGCUGUCGCUGCGGGAAGGUGACGUGGUGAAGAUCUACAGCCGAAUCGGUGGGGACCAGGGCUGGUGGAAAGGCGAGACGAAUGGACGGGUGAGUCACUUGCCUGGCUUGAGGGCUUCAUGCAGAGGCCCGGGGCUGGUUCUGACCCAGUUGGACCCAGACAAAGCUAUUCUACAGCCUCUACUAUGCUCAGCCUUGUUCUAGGCACACUGUGUCUGA